GACUAAACAACGCCUCCUUGCGGUUAAUUCAAGUGUAACGGAAGUUGGUAAUGUAGUCGUACAAGAAUUUAAGAAUGUGACAGAAUAUUUUGUUGAAAGUUGAUGGUCAUUUGGGUACAGAUUUAUCAGAAUGGGAUGCCGCAGCGAAAGUGGGUUGAGGUGCCUGAGAAUUUUCGUAAUUACCGACGCUAUUUUGAUCUGGUUGAUUGGUGGAGCUAUUUUUGGCUUCUCUCUGUGGCUGUUGAUUGAUUUCUUUGUGAAUGAGUACCAAGCUGCAACAGAUGAUCUGAAGCAGUCAAAGUAUGUUGUGUACGUCUUCGUGACAGCGGGGGGAUUCAUGGUCGUGUAUAGCCUCAUCGGAAUCUUCGGCGCCAUCAAGCCAAACUGGAAAUGUCUCCUUAUCAUUUAUCUGGUUUGUCUGGUUCUCUCAAUGCUGGUCCUGAUUGGAGGAACAGUCUGGUGUUAUAUUUACAGAUUUGAGAUUGAGAUAAAACUGAAGAGUACUUUUGUGACACUUGUUCCGAACAACUACGGCAAAAACAAUGUUGUGACUCGGGCACUGGACUUCAUGCAAAGCGAGUUGCAUUGUUGUGGAGGACAGAGCUACUCAGAUUACAAAAAUUCUGAGUGGAGCAACAACCUUCAGAUCAACAACAUUAUAGGAUUCAAACAAGACAACAUUGCCCCCCUCAGCUGCUGUGAUUACUACGACCGGAACAAGGACACCCAAGAUUCCAGUCAUCAAACCUGCCCAAUUUGUCUGGAUGCACUGUCUGGUCAAAAUCCAAUUGUCUGUAACAAACUCAACCCAAAAUUGUGGAAAACACCUUGCAAUGAAGCAGUGGUAGAUUUUUUCAAAGAAAAUUUGGGGAUUGUAGCAGGAAUUGCCAUAGGAGUCCUGACAUGUCAGCUGUUUGGUAUCAUUCUGACAUCCAUAUUGCUACAUGUGUACAACAGCCGGUCCACGCUUUACGAUGGGAAUAAUGAUGACGUUGUUUACGAGAUGGCUCGAUGCCAGGAGAAAUCGCCCUACCCCACCCGUGGAACAGGGCCCUAUGCCAACCUUUACAACAACUGAAUGACCGGUAGUCACAUCAUCAUAGAACCAGUGAAGCAUCUGUUUCAUGCCUCAGGCAGGCUUCCACCCAAACAUUAGACACCAUGUUACAGCAAAGCUGUCAAUUUCCUAGCACUUCAUCCAGUAGUCAUAUGUACAUAUUAACCCAGAAUAUUGGCUUGGCUUUUACAUCAUUUGAGUUUGAAGGAAAACCCAUUGACAAACCUCGUAUUUUUUAGAGAUCAUAGAUCUAUAGGCUGUAUGGUCCUAUGUCAGAAAUGGUUGUUUGGAGAUUUUUUUUACUAAAAGCAUUACAUUAGGUUUUAGAGGCUUUGUUUAUUGUACAUUGUAUGUUUUGCUCAGUCUGAUUUAUCUGUUGACAUGGUAACAGAAUAAUUUAGAAAUAUGAUUAUACAUGGCAACAGUCCUGUUUAAGUGUGCAUCUUUUUGUGGUUUUUGUAAUGACCCACAAAGCUUAAGUCACUUGUAAUAUCCACAUGAUUGUAUUUUGUCCAUGAGUAUUAUAUAUUUAUAUAGGUUGGUGUUCUUCGGUCUUAAAUCAUCUUCUUCUUUUUUUCUGAGAAUCGAUGUGCAAUACAGUUGUUCACUGUGACAACAAACAUAUCUGUGUGUGUGUGUGUGAUAUAUAUAUAUAUAUAUAUAUAUAUAUAUAUAUAUAUAUAUAUAUUAUAUAUAUAUAUAUAUAGAUAUAUAGUGUGUGUGUGUAGUUUGUUAGAGAAGGAAACACACCCACAAACAAGGGAGUAAGUCAAAGGCAUUGUUCUUGGCUCCAGAAUCUGUUUGUUUUCAUUUAGGAUUUAGCAUUAGAUAUGGAAAUUGAUUCCUUACAAUUACAUUUGUGUCUAGUACCUGUAUAUUUAUAACUACAGGAAAGUUUGGCUAUUAUCACUGAUUAUAAUUGGGUAUUAUUAUUAUUAAUGAUAUACAGGUACAUGUAUAAACAGCAGAGUUUAGUCAAUUAGCUCUUCGAAUGGAAUUCUCUUUCUCUGAUUUCGAACAUUUUGGGGACAUUUAAUAUUUCCAGAUCGAUAUGAAGUACAUUCUACAUGAAGUUUCACAAAUGAAAGUCCCUCAGGUUAUGAAGAUGGUGUGAAAAUAUAUGGAAAGUGAUGUCCUAGCAAAUCUAUGGUCUGGGAAUUUGACUUGUUGUGAAUUUCUUAUACAUUAUCUGUUAGUUAGAGGAGUUGAUAUUGUUCAUAGUGACUGUUCAUUAUAACUCUGUAUUUAUAGAGCCCCCUUACCAAUAGUAACACAGUUGUUACCAAGUUUGCUGUUGUUAGUGUUGUAGUAUAUACAUUGUAUGGCCCAAGAGUACUAGUCUGUCGGUGUCCAUGUGUCAUUUCAUCACCAGUAGCAGUCAAUACCAGUGUCUUACAACACAUAACACAGGUAUAGAGAAAGCUGCAUUUUCUAUUUAGUUUGAUAAUUCAGUAGUGAGCUUUCUUCUAGGUUGUUUUAGAAUUAUUUUUCUUAAUUACCAAACGUUUUUGGGAAACAUGAUCAGGCCCACACUGCUGUGUUACUUUUCUAGUCAAUUUCCUAUAUUAUAAAAAGCAACAAGGUUUAUCAGUAUUGAAAAUGUACUUUUAUUGGUCAUUGCAAGUGAGAGAAAACAAUAUUCAAAAAGUGAAGGAAAAAAUUGUGAUUGCAUUCUCUUCCUAAAAAUAAUUCACCCUUAGAAUGGUAUUUAUUGCAACUAAAAUCUAACACAAAAGUGUAUUAAACCCUAUGCUGAUUUAUGACAGGUGCUUGUAAAGCAGGUGAUUAGGGGUGGAGAAUGGAGUUUUACAUGCAUUGUGUUUUGAAGUGUCCUCUCUGUAUACAAUAUCAAAAUGGUAUCAUUCAUUUGGCCAUACAUCUACAAAAACCAUAUGUUGUGAUAUUUUUUUCAAAUUUAUUUCUUCGUACUAUAUAAAAUUGAACUUCAGUAUCUUGAACACAGAUAUCUCAAAUACAUGUACCAUGGAUAUGUUGAAGUGAUUCGGAAGUCCCAACCACUUAUUCUUUAAGUAUUGUGCCCUCAAUAUCUCAGAUAUCUCUUCUUCUUUUUUGGUCCCAUCAAGUUAAAGAUAAUGAGGUUUGACUGUAUACAUAAAGACAUACAAUAUUUAAUGUAUAAAAUUAUUCUUUUGUUAUUAUUUGACAUGUAAGUCAUGAAACCAGUGGCAUUUUUUAUACGAUGUUUAGAACUGAGAAUCAAUGGAGUCUUCUGUAAGGAUAGAAGUGGUGAUAUGGGGAAAGUAAAAUGAAAGUAACAGUUGACAGGGUAUACAAAUAUUUCUUGGAACGGAACUCAGAAACUGAUACACACUUACAGAAUUUGUUUUUAUCAGACCUAUAAUAGAAAAAAAAUUGUUUUUAAUUGUGAUGUUCAACAAUUUUGGGACCAAUGUAAUUCACAAAGUGAAACACAAGACCAAAAUGUUAUAUUGUCACAAGUUUAUCUCCACUCUCGUGUCGCAUCGGAUUCUGUCGAAAGGGCCGAUUUUUAGAUCUGUGAUUUUUUUCAUUCCAAUGUUGCAGGAUUACAUUGGAUUAUGCUGAUUAUGCUGUUUGAUAUCAUUAUGAUUAUUAGUCAGAGGUACAUGUAAGAUGUCAUUCCUACAAUUGAAUAUUAAUUUAGUAAAUUUAUUUAAAUGACAUUCAUGUAUUGUAUGUUGCUUUUAUACAGGUGAAAGAAUGUAAGAAUUUUGUUUUUAGUAUUUAUGAUGUGCUCUGUACAUGUUGUAUAUGACAUCAUUGUGUAGUCUUUCAAGUUUACUGAAAUUUUAGUAUCACAUUGCUGUAUUUCUACUUCUGUCUAACAUAACAGCCUUGGAACUCGUGAAGAGGUUUGGUUGGUCACAGAUUGAUAUGUUUACCAAAGGGAGAAACCUUUGAUGGAGAAUUGCUGCGAUAAUGUGUUGUCCAGAAGAUUGGUUUAUAGAUGUCUGAAAUCUUUUUUAUUUAAAUCUAUAUUGGAAAGGAGGCAGCUGGUUGUGUGUGAGAUGAUAUGUGAAUCUUGAAUUAUCUUCGCACUCCCAGUGUCUUAGUCUCUCACAUCCUCUUGUGAAUCAGAGAAGAUACAAAUAAUUUGAUUGAGGACCCGGAAUGCAAAGCUGCACAUGAAUGCUUAUUUUGUGUUGAAUGACGAUAAGAGAGAGUCUUGAGACAAAAGUAGAUUUGCAGCAAUACUCAUCCAUUAAACAGUUUCCCAUCUUUAUAUUAUCAUCUUUUGUCCAUGAAAUUCAACCAUUUCUAAGUUGUUCCAUGUAGGCUGUGUAUUUUACUGUAGAUUCCUUGUACUUAAUAUCACAAAAUGACUCUUAGAUUUCACGUUGUGAGAACAUGAAUUCGAAAGUGGACUGUUGAUCAAGAGGUUUUUUUUUUACGCAUAUUUCAGCAAUAUAAAAAUAAAUGCACAUACAGCAACAAAAGAAAUAUGUUAGUUACCACUUUCUCUACUUACCCUAAAAAUUUCUGCCGACCCUAACACAUUUUUUUCCAUUCUCACAGAUGUUACGAAUGUCAUCACUACAACAAGGGUUAUUUAUUGACUUAAUAAGUUAUUCAUUAUGCACAUACUUUCAAAACACAGAAACAGUUUUUGAUUACAGUACCGCAGAAGAACUGUUUUGAUUCAUCAUAUAACUUUUAUUUGAUUACUAGAUAAUCACUAUAUUUUAUGCAUAGUAGAAUCAUUAAAAAAAUAAUUCAACCUAUAAAAUCAAAAAAAAAACCAAAAAAACCUACAUAUCUACCCUUAAAAAUUUUGAGAUGAAAGUGGAAACCAACAUAUAUAUAUUUUUUGGCCUAAUUCUGUUUUGUGAGUGGUGCUUCUUGAUAGAUUAUGCAGUGAUAAAUUCCUCGCGUACAUUUAGAAACCUACAGUAAUUAAUACAUAAAAGUUAUGCAUUAUAAACAUUUUUAUAUAGUAUGCCUGUGCCCAUCGGUUGUUAUAGUAUGAAAAGGUUGUACAAAUUUAAUGGUUUUAUUACUACAUGUGUAUUUUGAAUUUUUAGAAUAACUGUAUAUGAUCAUUUUUCUCCCUUUAUAGAUUAAGGAUAUUCACUUAUACACUAUAUGCGAAAAGUGUUGUAUUUUGAUGUAACUAUUGUCAAUUUUAUUGUAACAAUAAAAGUGUUAAACAAAUA